AUGUGGCUAACCCAGUGUUUGCGCUAUUUCGUACGGAAGAUUGCCCAAGGCACAGCAAGGCACCUGUUGGCCUCUGGGAAGGACUUUUGUAAACUGCCAGCACCUCUUCCUGAACAGCUCCGAGAGAACUACGCAGCAGUGCCAGGGUCUUGGCGGAAAAGCAUCCAGGGUAAGCUGUCCUUUUCUUUUUGUUGCUAUGGUCUUCUCAGAGCUUUCAGGCUUGGAGCAUUUCCUCCUCCUCCUCUCUCCCCUGCCCCAAGGCAUUUAAAAAGCUGAAGGAUGGCCCUUCCUAUGGGAUUUUGCCAGUUUCUCGAGCUGCAAAACAGUGUUGUUUUGUUUGCCUGUCAACAUGGCUCUCUCUCUCUCUCUCUCUCUCUCUCUCUGUGUGUGUGUGUGUGUGUGCUGUUCCUUCUUGCUUCUGCCUUAGAGUAGAAUCAUUCCUCCUCCCCUUGUUGAAAUCAGAUCUCUGAUAGGGGAUAAGGCCAGGUCAACUGCACAAGCAAUCUCAGAUUUCGUAAGGGUCGCAGAAGGAAGGUGGAUAAAACGCAAGAGGUGUGCUUAAGGGUCCCUUGCAAUGUCACAGAGAAUCCAAAGCAGCAAUGCUUUAGCUUAGGGCAGCCUACUUCAUUCUCACACCAACCCUGUGAGGCAGAUUAGGGGGGCGAUGGGCUCAGGGGUCACUCUGUGAACUGAGAUUCAAGCCUAGGACUCCCCAAGUCAGUUCCAACACUCUAGCUGCCGCAUCACACUGCUUCUCAGUGGGAUAUUGAUGCGAUCCCAGCUCAGGCAUGGAAGAUCGCUUUGCCCAGUUACCAUUUCCAGGCUAAUCUACCUCACAGGGUUGUUGUAAGGAAAAAAUGGACUAUGCUUCUUGCUUGGAGCCCCUUGGUGGAAGGUUGGGGUAAAUGAAAAUACAACCGGAGAGCUGUAUACAGUUUGAAGUGACUUAUAUAGUGUCAGGGAACUGCCAUCGGAAGGAAGGGAGGUGAAAGGACUCAGACAGGUUGGAAGAGACUCAGCAGCGGAAGUGGGAACCAGCAAGGGGAGAGAAGCUGAACUGAGGGAGGUGAAAGGGCUCAGACAGGGUGGCAGAGGCGCAGCAGCUGAAGAGGAAACCAGCAGGGGGAGAGAAGCUGAACUGAGGGAAAGGGAGCUGGGGGGGAUGGCUCAGAGAUACUUCCAGCGAAAACAGUGGUGAGGUUUCCGGACCUCCUGUUGGGACACCCACUCCUCGCUGGAAACUGUCACGCAGAGAGUCCAGAAGACGUGUUUCCGUUAAGGAGCUUUUAUGUUGGAAGCGAUUACGAAAGCAGCCACUGUCGGAAUCUUCUAGUGACUAGAGGAGCCAUGUCAGAGGGGCUCAGUCACAGACAGAGGUUUGUGGACUUGAACAAACUCUGAGGGAAUACGAUUUUACGCACAAGCAGCUCAUCUUCCCAUCACAGCAUUCCGACAGUCUUUGAACGCAGCUUGUGCAGGAGAAGGCAUAAUGAGCAACCCAGCAGGAACCGGAGAAGCAGGGGCUGGAGCGGGUCCAAGCCUGGAAGAAAGGUACCGGGUGUUGGAGGUCCAGCUGGCGCUGCAGACGGCGAGGCUGGAGGAGAGGAGGGCUCAAGAUGCAGACAAAGGGAGAAAGCCACCCAGCUCGCCAGAAAGGUACCAGGAUUGGUGCAGAAAUUUGGGGGGGAGCCCAAAGACUAUCAUAGCUUUCGGACAGAAAUGCAAUAUGCCCUCAAUCUGCAGUUUGAUGAUUUCCCUGAUGAGGAAUCACGAGUGGCUUUUGUGAUUGGGCAUCUUGAAAAGGGGGCGAGAGACUGGGUUAGACCCCUGAUGGCAGCGCAUAGUGACGUCCUAAAGGACACGAUGAAGUUCUUUCGCGCCAUGGAUCUGAUGUUUUCCAGCGAUAUUGAAAAGGGAGUGGUGCGCAGACAGUUAAUGGCUUGCAAACAGGGGAGCCGAUCUGUACGUGAGUACUGGACUGAGUUCACCAUGCUGAUACACAGAUUGGGGUGGGACUUAUCGGCGGAACCCAUUCAAAUGCUCUUUGAAGAAGGGCUUUCUUCGGCUGUGAAAGAUGAACUUUCCCGGGCGCCCAGGGCGGAGUCUAUGGACCAGCUGACCAAAUCAGCGCUGGCCAUAGGAGCGCGCCAGGAGGCGGAGAGCAUUGGAGAGGCGGGAAGGGAAAGGGGAACGUUGGAAGGAGUUCCGCAUUCCAGACAUUCCAGAGCCAACUUUCCCGCCGGCAGAGCCGAUGGAAAUCGGAACAGCGCGCGCGCGCGCAGUUUCAAAGCCCAGUGAGGGGGGGAAAAAGGAGGGAAAAGGCGCCCGGAAAUGCUAUCUCUGCCAACAGCCAGGGCACUUUGCCAGAGUCUGCCCCCAGAGGAAGGAAUGGCAAGGGAUGGUGGGAGCUGUGGAGGGAAGAGAGGAAAAGAUACCGGAGCAACUAAAGCCAACGCCUGGCUGCCAUUGUCGGGGCACAGCAGCCAGGCCAAAGAGCAGUGAAAGUGCCCACGCCAGAACCUCCUAAACCCGCCCUAGUGAUAGAAGUGACACUAGAGCUGCCAAACGGACACCCUCUAAAGAUAAAGGCGCUGUUGGACUCAGGCAGCUCCUGCAAUUUCAUGAGCAAAGAGUUUGCAGCUGAACACCAGAUACAGACGCUCCCUUUAAGCAACCCCCUGCAGGUAACCACGAUCGAUGGCAGGGAGCUGUUGGGAGGAGAAGUCAGCUUGCAGACCGUCCCAAUGAUAAUGAAGGUGGCAAGGCACACCGAACUCAUUGCGUUUAAUGUGGCCACCUUGGGAGGAGCUCCCAUUAUAUUGGGGAUGAGCUGGCUAGCGUUACAUGAUCCGCUGGUGGGCUGGCAUCAAAGAGUGGUUUCUUUUGGGUCAGCACAUUGCUUAGAACACUGCAAAGAGGGAAAGGUUUUGGCAGGGGCCCAAGCCACCAUAGCAGGGACUGAAGUAACGGAGAACGUGAAGGUACCACGACAAUACGCAGAUCUCCGCGACGUCUUCAGCGAAAGGGAAGCUGACCAACUACCACCGCAUAGAGCCUUUGACUGUCAAAUCAAUUUGCUCCCUGGGGCACAGCUCCCUGUGGGCAAGCUGUACGCCAUGUCAGACAGAGAGAUGCAGGAGCUAAGAGAGUUCAUUGACAAGAACCUGAAGAGAGGGUUCAUCAGAGAGUCCUGGGGGGUGGGGGCCUGCCCAGUGUUUUUGUGGACAAAAAAACACGAACAAGCCGAGACUGGUGUGUGACUUCAGGGCCUUAAAUGCAGUGUCAGAACCAGUGGCCUUCCCGAUGCCCAGGAUUGACGACAUUUUGACAAGGGUGCGGAAGGGAAAGAUUUUCACCAAGCUGGAUCUAAGGGGGGCGUACAACCUGAUACGAAUAAGGAAGGGGGAUGAAUGGAAAACCACCAUGUUCACCCCUUUAGGGGCAUUUGAAUACUUAGUUAUGCCCUUCGGUCUACAAGCAGGCUCCGCAACAUUUCAAUCGUUUAUGAACCACGUCCUGGGGCCGUUGCUUUACAAGAAUUGUGUGGCCUUCUUAGACGACGUGUUGGUGUAUUCUGAGAAUGAGGAGCAGCAUGUGAGAGACGUCAGAGAAGUGUUGAGCAGGCUGCAAGCCAACCAGCUGUGGGUGAAACUGGAGAAGUGUCAGUUUCAUACCAAGGAGGUGGAAUUCCUGGGGUAUCGCCUGUCUGACAAGGGGUUGGCCAUGGAUCCCGGCAAGGUCCAGGCGGUACUGGAAUGGAAAACACCCAAAACAAGGAAGGAUGUGCAGAGGUUUUUAGGAUUUGGGAACUUCUAUCGUAAGUUCAUCCCAAACUUUGCCCACCUGACGGCGCCCAUUACGGACUGUCUCAGCAGUAAGAAGAAGUUCGUUUGGACGGAGGAGGCGGAGCAAGCAUUUGAGGAACUAAAAAGGGCCUUCGCCUCGGAACAACAGCUCCUGCAUGUGGAUUUACAAAAACCGAUGAGAGUGGAAACUGACGCAUCAGACAGAGCGGUUGGGGCGGUGCUUCUCCAGCCAGGGAAGGAGGAGUCAGAGUGGAGACCGUGUGCCAGUUUUUCGCGAAAGCUGAACAAAUCCGAGAGGAACUACACGGUGUAUGACCGAGAACUACUAGCCAUUCAUGAGGCGUUCCGGAGAUGGAGGCACCUGUUAAUUGGCGCACAACAUAAGGUGCAAGUGUGCACUGACCACAAGAACCUAGAGUAUUGGAGGACGGCACGAGUGCUCAACCAACGGCAAGUGAGGUGGGCCCAGGAAUUCUCCAAAUUUAACUUUGAGAUUUGUUACGUGCCAGGCCCAGAGAACAUUAGGGCGGACGCUCUCUCACGCAAACCUGAAUAUUUGGAAGGGGAGGGAGCACCCGAAGAGAGACAUGUCAUUCCAGAGGACCGCUGGGUGUGUGGGGCGGCAUUGGUGGGACAAAGAGAACUGGUAGAAGAAACAGAGAAUGAUGAAUACGCCCAGAAUAAGCUCAGAGGUCUUAGGGAUGAGGGAGAGGAAUCAAGGGGUUUCGAGGAAAGAAAUGGAGCUUUGUAUUACAAAGGGGCACUGUAUAUCCCUGAAGGAGACUUAAGGGGAGGGUACUCAAGCAGUUGCAUGACAGCCCCACGGCGGGGCAUUUUGGGCAACACAAAACCAUGUGGUUGGUCACCAGGGAAUUUUGGUGGCCUAAGGUGAGGGAGGAUGUACGUGAGUAUGUAAGAGGGUGCGAGCAGUGCCAGCGAGCCAAAGGGGAAAGGCGGGCGCCGGCGGGGCUGUUAGAACCCUUACCAACACCAGAACGACCUUGGGAGGCAGUGUCGAUAGAUUUUAUGACUGAUCUGCCGAAGUCCAAAGGGAAAACAGCCAUCAUGGUGGUGGUAGACCUACUAACAAAGAUGUGCCACUUUGUAGCUUGCUCGCAUGCAGUCACGGCGGAAGAGACAGCGAAGUUAUUUGUAGAACACAUUUUUAGGUUGCACGGGGUGCCAUUGAGGGUGGUCUCAGACCGAGGAAAACAAUUUACUUCCAGGUUCUGGAGGAAGCUCAUGAGCUUACUGCAGGUGGAGGUCAACUUUCGACUGCCCGGCACCCUGAAACCAACGGGCAGGCGGAAAGAGCAAACGGUGUCCUCCAGCAAUACCUGAGGUGUUAUGUCAAUGACAGAGAGAAUGACUGGGUAGAAAAGUUGGCGCUGGCGGAAUUUGCCUACAACAAUGCCGAGAAUGUGUCCACAGGGAUGAGCCCCUUCUUGGCUAAUUAUGGGUGUCAUCCCAGGGCUUUCCCAGGGGAGAAGGGGAGAGAUGGAGCGUACCGGCAGCCGAGCAUUUUGUAGAAGAAAUGGAAGCAAUCCACCGUCAGCUCCAACUCAACUUAGAAAGGGCGAAGGAAGAAUACAAGAGGCAGGCAGACAAGAACCGAAGGGAAGGUGAAACCAUAAGGGUUGGAGAUAGGGUGUGGCUGUCAACCCGAGGGUUGCCGUUCAAAGGAGGUUGUAAGAAAUUAAGACCCAGGAGGUUGGGUCCCUUUGAGGUCAUUCAACAGGUCAACCCAGUGGCUUUCAGGCUCCGGUUACCCAACCACAUGAAACUGCACCCAGUAUUUCACAGGUCGUUACUGUCACCGUACGAGGGGGGACGAGAAGGGAUGGCCACUCGGGGACCGGUCAUAGAAGAAAGAGAAUGCAGCAGUCAUGUGGCAGAAAUCCUUGAUGCCAGGUGGAAGGGGAAUCAGGUGGAGUAUUUGGUAGCGUGGGAAGGAGAACCGGAGUCAGAAAACACGUGGGUAAUGGCCGAAGAUAUCAAUGACGAGGUAUUGAUAGAAACGUUCCAUCAAAGGUCCCGAGGAAACCUCAGCCUGUGGAGAGGUUCCGGAGGGAAUACUUUGGGACCACUGAGGAGGAGGAGGAGUUGGAAGGAUUCCCAGAAUCGGAAGGGGAAGGGGAGAUGGACUCGGAGGAGGAGGAGUGCUUCGAGACCAGGAACCGCAACAGGUGGAGAGAAGUGUUCGAGACAUCGGAAGAUGAAGGAAGUUCAUUCCUGGGUUUUGCCUCCUCACCGCCCGUUGAGGAGGGGGGCGAGAGGGGGUGAAGGGGGCCCUGGUGGGGAGGUGGAUGUCAGGGAACUGCCAUCGGAAGGAAGGGAGGUGAAAGGACUCAGACAGGUUGGAAGAGACUCAGCAGCUGAAGAGGAAACCAGCAAGGGAGAGAAGCUGAACUGAGGGAGGUGAAAGGGCUCAGACAGGUUGGAAGAGACUCAGCAGCUGAAGAGGAAACCAGCAGGGGAGAGAAGCUGAACUGAGGGAAAGGGAGCUGGGGGAUGGCUCAGAGAUACUUCCAGCGAAAACAGUGGUGAGGUUUCCGGACCUCCUGUUGGGACACCCACUCCUCGCCGGAAACUGUCACGCAGAGAGUCCAGAAGACGUGUUUCCGUUAAGGAGCUUUUAUGUUGGAAGCGAUUACGAAAGCAGCCACUGUCGGAAUCUUCUAGUGACUAGAGGAGCCAUGUCAGAGGGGCUCAGUCACAGACAGAGGUUUGUGGACUUGAACAAACUCUGAGGGAAUACGAUUUUACGCACAAGCAGCUCAUCUUCCCAUCACAUAUAGAACCGUAGCUGUAUCUUCCUUCUCAUUUUGGUAUAGUCUCUGCAUCUAAACAUACAAUAGUAAGUUUUAUUGUGAUGAUGCAGCCAGGAAUCCAAUACAUUGGAGUAUUUCUGCUCGUUAUCAUCUGAGUUUUGGACAUGACUACCAAAGGUGAUGGUGGUAUUAUAUUAUCACUAUUUGUUAUUGUUGUUUUAAUUAUAUUUAUUACACACCCUUAAAUAGAAGGUCCCAGGUUAGGUCACGGCAAAAUAAUAAUAAAAAAGCAUUAAAGACAAUUAAGUAAAAUAGUAGUGGCAGCAGUUGUUCCUCUAGUUUUUACUUACACUGUGUGUAGCUUAACUGGUGUAAGGUGUCAUCUUUCUUAAAAAAGCAUUUUCUUAAUCAUUUUCGCAACACUCUUCUAAGGUUGAUUACUAUUAUUCCCAUUUUAUAAAAGGAAACUGAGGCUGAGAGAGAGACAUUUCAAACGGAGUGAGUUCAGAUUACGAGAUGUUCCACGCUUUAUAAUGAGACACGGUUAGGAACCUCACACACACCUUUUCACACUUUUGGAGUUUGCACAACUUGAGCAUUAUGCUGUCGGCAAGAGAAUGCAGCUUGCAUACUUCACCCUUUGCACAAUACUCAGAAGUGUUGACAGAGGUUGCACAAAUGGUUUUGCACAUCUCCUCUUGCCACUGUAUUGUAAUGCACAAAUCAACCCUGAAUUCGGAUUUGAUUUGAUUUCUUUCAUUGAAAAGGGCUGGAGGGCUUUGUGAGAAAGGUUGGCUCUGUGGAGGAAUGUGGUGCAUUCUCAUGAAUUAUAUAAAUACGUUGGCUAAGUAUGCCAUGUUUGGAACCAAUUCACAUGUUACAACUGGCUGCAAAUUUCCUUUUUCUUCUCUCCUCUGGCUCAUAUUAGCAGCCACGGGUGGCACCAGCAGCCAGAAUCCUUGGGCAGCUGCCAGGGCUCCACUUGCCCAUUUACUACCUCUGGUGUAGUGUUGCUCCCAAGGCAUUGUGGGAAAUUAAAAUGACAGAUCACAUUGCCUAGCUAGGUCAAGCCUGACCCUAUGACCAGCUCUGGGUAACAAUCUACUACCUGAUGUCUCACAAAGUUAUGGUGCAACACUGCAUCAGAUGCAUUAUGUGAGAUUAAAUUGGCACCUCACUCCCUACAUCCAAGUGCUGCCUCUGCGAGGUAAGCCAGACAUUGGGCCCCAGUGAUGCACGGUGAAUUCUGCUAGAGGGCAUUCCAGCAAUUGCCUGGUGCUGACCCUGCUUGCAACCUCUAUGACUUUGCAAUGUUGUGAAUAGGCCAGGAAAUUCCAGAGCAUUGCAGCAGCAGUGUUCGUGACACAUGGCACUUCCAGAUUACCUGCUUACUGAGCGUUCACCCUGAUUUGUGUUGAAUAAAUGUUGUCCACACUUUACAGUGUGUUUCCCCAUCAUUUUUCAUAUAGAAAAAAAAAAAAAAAAAAAGGCUGAUGGGGGGAGGCAGGUUUGUUGCACGAGAUCACCAAAUCUUCGUGCAAACUGAAUUUGCCAGUAAUGAUUGAAUCCCAUCUGAAAAUAGCAACGGUUUGGAAGUGCCCACAGUAUUCUGACUUGCACAUUACACUGGUCAGCCAAGUAAACCCUGCAUACAAGCAAGCAAGAAACAGAGACAAGCAGGGGCAAUGAACGUUAUUACGUUAACAAGCCCUGAUCCUUGCUUUUUCUGAAGAAAAGGAGGCAUGACUAGAGAUGUGGCAGGUGAAGAGGGGUUGCUUAACCCUUUCCACUGCCAGUCGUUUGUCUGCUCCAAAUCACCCUCCCCUGAUCCACUUCCCCCCUUUCAAAGUUCCCAGGGCCUGUUUGCCUGUGGAGUCCAAUGUGUGAGUUUCCCCGUUAGGAGAAUUCAGCACAGGGAAUGAGCAAUCUGGAGGCUUGCCUUCAAGGCCAAGCAGAAAUCGCAGAGGCUUCAAAUAGGACGUGAGCUCAGCUGGGUGCCUGUUUGAAUUGUUCAAGGGUGGUUCUUGUUUACUCCGAGUGACUAAUCCCAGUCCCUUCCCUUAGCGGUCGGCUCUGAAGGAGGGAAAUUGCUUUCAACACAGAGUAGAGACAGAUAGAAAACUUUGCCCUCCAGAUUUGUGGUGGGCACCACUUGGCACACAUUUCCUGGGACCAGCAAGACAAUUGCAGAAAUGCCAAACCAGUGUUUCUACAGGUUGCCAACUCUUCUUUCCCCUCUGGUGUGUACACAGGCAGUAGCAUCCGUCUACUGAGUGCCACUGCUAGCUGCGCAGCCGGAUAUUUGCUUAGCAAUAAGUCACGUGUCUGACAUAUUUCACAUGUUCCACAUUUUUCCCCAGGCAGGUUGGCACCUAAGGCUUCUAGGCUCAUGAUCCAAACUUCAUAUUCCUGAAUUUGGUGAUGAAACUUCCUGCCUUUUACAUUGUAUUAGAUAUUGUAUACAUCAUGCAGGGUUGCCCAUUGCUGAGCAAACUUUGGGCUGCUGACUAACUCUAGUUUGCUUUGUAAUGUUAUGUACUUAAGCCUAGGUUUUGGUUGUGGGUUUUUUUGUGUGUUUUUUGCAGGAUUGAAUAUAUUCUGCAUUUGCCCAAUUGUUGAUUUUUGUCAUUCUUGAAUUUACUGACAUGUUCUGCAUUUUGUAUAUUUGUAUUUCCAAUGCUCUGUAUUUUUAUGAUUUGAAUGAUUGCUGUAAGCCCCUUUGGGCCCCAUUCACUGUGGGAAAGCGUCAUAUAAAUAAACUUGUCCAAUCAAUCAAUUAAUCAAAGUGGAUGAUACUUGAUGGUGGCAGCUCAUGCUUUUGCAUGUAGGUCUGCCCCAAUCAUGUGCAAAGGCAGUGCAAAUAAAAAUACAAAGGUGAACAGUUUGCUGUGGGGUAUUAAAUUUUCCUGCCUUUCAGGUACUUUUUGAAUUAUUGCAAAAAUCCCUUCCAAGUGAGAUCUGCUUGACAUUUUCAUUGCACCUUUUAAGGGACCACACAAUGUCUCUCUUGUUCGCUUCAUUUUUAGUGAGUAGUUUGACUUGAUUUAUUGGGUGCUAUCUUUCUUUCUUUGCAUUUUCAUAAUGCUGUAACACCUAGGCUCCAACAAGUCCCAGGUUCAGUCUGUGGAAUUUCUGGGUCAGGCUAGGAAAGAUUCAGUCAGUGUAGGCAGUAUUGAGUUAGACAUACCAAUGUCAUAAGGCAGCUUUCUAUGCCAUUGGUAAAAUACACGCUGUACAUUAGGAGUGAGAGACCUCAGCCCUCCUGUCCUCUGUCCAGCUAUUGGGGCUUUCCAGGCCACAUGCCCAUACCAGCCCUGCUCUGCACAUCCUCAAGGGAUUUUGACCUGGCUCUAGUCCUGCUCGCAGGCUUCUCACAGGCAUCUGGUUGGUCCCUGUGAGAACAGGAUGCUGGACAAGAUGAGCAUUUGGCCUGACUCUCCUUAUUCAUUACGUUGUGAACAUAAUUUGCAUGAUGGAGGGCAGAGGUGUCAUGCCUUGUCUCUACCACAUGAGCAACAGAUCUGGGUUUGAACAGGAUAGGGUUAAUGGUGUCAGAAGUACUGCUGGAGACUUCCUUAAUGGGAGAUUUAUUGUUAGGGGAACUGCAGAUUAAUGGCUAGGGAUUUUCAUGUGAUGUUGAUUCCAUGGGACUAAAUUGUUGAACAAUUGCUUAUUGAUAAAGCAUCUGUAGUUUUUCAAAUGGGAAGGGCAACACCUUCCCCACCCCAGCUAAGGAUGAUGUGAUCUAGGUGUUUGUGUGUGAAAAGAGCAAGACUACAUUUUGAAAUAGAUGCUAAGACAGAGCUGAGUUUGGGCUCUGUAAGCUAACAGCAUCUUGAGGUGCAGCCUGCCUCUCUCAAGAGGUCCUAUGUGGGUGCAGUGGAUUGCACAGGGGUAGAAUAGAUGCCCCUUUGGGUCCCUUCCAGGCGUACAAUUCUAUGAAUCUAUGGUUCUGUGACUUUCACUGUCUUAUGGGGUAUUUGUAAGUUAAGCUGUGCUUCCACCUGUGCUCUGCCAGUACAUUUGUUAAUACAUGUAAAUACUGCCUAAUGCCAGUAAGCCUCCAGUAACCACCUCCCAAAGGUAAUUUAAAACUGGGUAAACAGAUGCAUCUGAAACUUCUCAACGACUCAGAGAAGUGGUGGUGGUGUAUGUGAGAAUACGAACUACGGUUUAGUGUCUCUCACAUCCCCAUAGGGUCCUGCGAAUACAUCCCUGCUCUGAAGUGUGGCUAAAGGCUGCUCAGUCAACCCCAUGUUUCCUAAAUUCUGUAUUUUCUCAAACACAGCAUCCACUAUGGGAAACACAAUGUCCAUGCAAAGGGAACCUGAAGACGAUGAACCUGUUCACAUAACAGCAUAUUCAGAGGUAAAAAUCUGUAGAUUUCUUUGUUCUGCUUUGUCUGGUCAAAUUGUAUUGAAAAUGCACAAGCCAGGGGUCAGCAAACUUUUUCAGCAGGGGGCUGGUCCACUGUCCCUCAGACCUUGUUAGGGGCUGGACUAUCUUUUGGAAAAAUAUAUAUGAAUGAAUUCCUAUGCCCCACUACUCAUGUAAAAACACCAGGCAAGCCCCACAAAUAACCCAGAGAUGAAUUUUAAAUAAAAGGGCACAUUCUAUUCAUGUAAGAACACACUUAUUCCCGGACCGUCUGUGGGCCAGAUUGAGAAGGCAAUUGGGCCGGAUCCGGCCCCUGGGCCUUGGUUUGCCUACCCAUGGCACAAACUGUGUCUCUGGCAGCCCCACACUACGCUUGUUGGGCUGAAAGAAAUGAAGUCUGUAUUUAUUUAUUUAUUUUUUAUAAUUGAUAUUUAUUGAAUUUUCAAAAAAUAACAACAAAAAUUUCCAACAAAAAAAAAAAAUUUAAGGAUACAAAAAACAAAAUUAGUGCAUAAACAAAAAAGAAAAGAAAACCCAGCCGCAAAGAAAAAAAAAGAGAAACAGAAAAACAAAAAUAUAAAGUCCUUUACAAUCUCUAUUGACUUCCUUUCUAGACUUCCUCCUCCUCCCCUCUUUUGUUUCUUAAUUUUUAAUUUUUACAGCAAAUCCUUUCUGUUUUUUCAUAACAAUCUGUCAUUACGUUUCCUUAUUCUAUUUUCCCUCUUGUCAUAUAAAAACUUUAAAACUCAUAGCUUAUAUUCAAUAUUUACCAAAUUCUUGCAUCAUUACCUUUUUACGAAUCAUUUACCAAUCCUUACUUAAGUCAUGUAAUUUCAUUCAACAUCCUUGAAGUCUGUAUUUAGAGACUGGGAGGAGAUGGUGACCCAACUAUGCAGCAUCUAAAUUUUGCUUUUGUGUUUUGUACUGUGUCAGGAAAUUGUAGGGUUAUGUGCAUGCCUGGAUGGAUGCCUCUACCUAUAAAAACGGCCCAUGUAAGGAAAAAGCUCCAGGAUGGUGGUAGGGAUGGGAUACAUCAAGCAAGGACUGUGAAGGGCAGCAGUGAACAGGGUGGAUCUCUAGCUAAACGAUGAUUAGGUAAGCAAAUAGAACACCAACCAGGGAUAGACAAACUUUGUGGCUCAGAAGGAUCAAGUCCCAUGCUAUUUGUUUGUCGAAAUACCCAAAUACAAAUGGGAGUGAUCCAAGCACAAAAGUAAAUUUAAGAAUUCCAUAGCUGAGUCUCCUCCACCCACACAUCUCCUUCCAGGAUGCAAACACACUAAACAUUUAAAGCACAUUUGAAGCACAUUCUUUCCCUCAAAGCACUCUGGGCAUUGUACAGUGGUAACUCGGUUCUCAAAUGUAAUCCGUUCCGGAAGUCCGUUUGACCCCCGAAACGUUCGAAAACCAAGGUGCUGCUUCUGAUUGGCUGCAAGAGCUUCCUGCAGUCAAGCGGAAGCUGUGUCUGAUGUUUGGCUUCCGAAAAACAUUCGAAAACCGGAACACUUCCGGGUUUUCAGUGUUCGGGAGCUGAUUUGUUUGUCAACUAAGCUGUUCGAGAACCAAGGUUCCACUGUAAUUUGUUAAGGGUUGCCAGGAAUUGUAACUUAUUGAAGCGUGAACACCAGUGCCCAGAAUUCUUUCAUGCUUGCACAUCUUAGGCUACCUUCCUCUUCCUUCCUCUACUCGCAUUUUCUCAUUCUUUCCCUGACUUCUAGUUUAAUGGCAAGCCAUGGUUUGUUGUUACACACCUGAGCCUGGAAAACUGGUUUGAGCAAAACAUAGUUUGCCCAGUUCUGAUGUAAAGGGCAUGAUGGGAACAGGGAGAGGAAAGAGGGAAUGCAUAAGCCCAAGGUAAUAAUGAACCACUCUCUUCUGAACCGAGUUAGGGUUUAUUACUGCAGUGUUCAAAAUUGUGCAAGGGUUUGUGACCAAGCAGUUUCAACGACUAACCUUCAGUCUGAUGCUCUAGGUUUCAUCUGAACCUCCUGAAAACCUUAAGAAUGGACCUGUCACAAUCGCGACUGUACAGACUGUUCCUUCUGCAAAUGGUGAUGCAGGUAUGUUCAGAGAAGGAAAGGCUGUCAUGCCCAUUUCUGGAUGGGGCCCCCCAACUCCAGCUGAUUUAAACAAGCCCCCUGUGCAAAGAGAAAUCCACUCGCAAACAUUUAUGCAAAUGUUCACUUCCUGGGUAUAAAAACGUGCAAGAUUUUAGGGGACAGUUGUUAUGUAAUCUGAUAUGAGAAUGUGCCUUUGUGAUGCACAUUAGUGGGUCAGCCUCUGCUAAUCUAGGUGUUCAAACUCUUUGCUAGCUGCAAUGGAUAGACAGGACAGCUCUACGUGAUUGCUACAUAUAAUCCAGCCCUUGUUCUUGAACACAUAUGUGGACAAUGGGUGUUUCUUAGUUAUUUCGCUUAGAUCAUUGUCUAGAAACAAAAUACUUUUUAUUCUGUGUCAUUCAUCAGUUUGCCUCUUCCUAUACUGAUUGCAGUUCAGACCAAUAAAAGAUACGAUCUCUUUGGCAUUUCUCACUGGCAUUCCUUUUCACAGGAGACGUAUGUAAAUCAUACAAAUUAAGCAGACAUUAAUCAUAUUGGUAUACAGUCCAUACUAUAUGCUAUAGUAUAUUAUAGGCAAAGGCUGGGAGCCAGAAACAAUGACAAGCCAGGAAGCUUUUAUAAAACAUGCAUGAGAUAAAACCAUGUAAGACAAAACCACAUCAUUUAUCACACCCCCGAGGAAACACCUGCCUGCUUAGUACGAGCUGUGUGGCUUCUGCGUGGCUAGUUUGCUGCAUUUAUGAAAGUGUGUGCUUAGGAUCAAGGUAUGGGAAUCUAUUUGCAAAACAGAGAGCUGCAUAUGUGUCAUGCAGUGAAUAUUAAUGCAGCUGGCCCUUAAUGUGAUCAAGUGAUUCCACUUGGGGUCUGUAGUGACUCACUUCCCAAAAUGAGUGCAACUUUAGUCUAAAAUCAUCAGGAAAAGUGAUAGGAAAAGAGAGAGGGACAUGUUGCAAAACAUAAAGUUGGACAUGAUUUGAGGGAAAGUUGAUCAUUGCCAGUAGACCGGAAAGGAGGGGUCUGGCCUAGCUGGUUUUGUUUUCCUUUGAAACUGUGUAAUAGAAAAGCAAGGCAAAGUUUGAAUUCUUCCAAACUCCUAACCUAUAAAGGGUUUGGAUGCUUUUUGCUGUGGGCUUUAGGGCAAUCUUCCAGUGUAAUGAUUGGGAUGGGGACUGCAGAGCUUCCUGAGUGUGUCUGUGAACAGGUUACGGGAUUACUACUGGAUCUCAUGAGCAGACAAAUUUGUGUGGACUAAUUUCUGCAUAACAUUCCCACAAACAGACCUCCAGGGGAUUGUUUCAAAAUGGCUGUCCAUAAUCUGAUGGCACCAAUCUACAAAUGAACCCUAUUCUCCAUAGCCCUGCUUAUAUUUGAUUUAUUUAUUGGUCACUUGACUCUUCUCUGUGUACAGUACAUAGGUGGAGGUUCAGGCGCAGCACAAAAAGCAGAUAUGUCAAUAUCAUAUAUAAGUUGUGGGUGUUAACUCAGAGUGAUUAAUGGUAUUUGACUUCUUUCUCUGACUCAUUCAAAAGUUGGCUUGUCUGCCAGACCAUGCUCUCUGCAAAAGAGGAUUGACAUUUGCCCUUGCUUAUGUCUGCCCGUCUUGUGUGUAUGCACACUCAAGGACAAUGGGAGUGUCCCCCAACUUGUAACACAGAGGUCACCAACAUGGUGCCCUUGAAGUCUUUCCCUGGUGUGUUUGAAACCUCUGAGCCCCUAUGCCCUGGUCAUGAGAGUGUUCUUGUGUUUGAGUCUUGCUCAUGGGUUUCUUGCAGACAUCUGGGUGGUCACUUUGGGAACAGGAUGCUGUACUAGAUGGGCUAUUGAACUUAUCCUGCAGGGCUCUCCUUAUGUUCUGAUGACAAUGCCUAUACUCUCCUGCCCCCCUUGGAGAGAUAUGAAAAAGGAAAUCAGAAGAGUGCUGUUCUUUCUGGAGCCAGUGUGGUGUAGUGGUUAAGAGCAAUAGACUCGUAAUCUGGGGAACCGGGUUCACUUCUGUGCUCCUCCACAUGCAGCUGCUGGGUGACCUUGGGCCAGUCACACUUCUCUGAAGUCUCUUAACCCCACUCACCUCACAGAGUGUUUGUUGUGGGGGAGGAAGGGAAAGGAGAAUGUUAGCCGCUUUGAGACUCCCUAGGGUAGUGAUAAAGCGGGAUAUCAAAUCCAAACUCUUCUUCUUCUUUGUCACUUCCCAUUUUACUUUAUGUACUUUUCAAAGCUCAGAUUAAUUUUACUGAAUCCUACUGAGUGCACAGCACUCACUCAAAAAUCCAAAUGUGCCCAUGGGCCCAAAAAGUUUGGUGACCCCAGUUGUGUAGCACAACAAGCAGAAACAGCCCAACACCUGGGGUUGAUAAGGCUCCUGUUUUUGUUUUCUGCUGGGACUGUAAAACAGGAAAAGCAAAAAAGCAAAAAACAAAAACAAAACAGGAGGGGAUGUCAAGUAAUUCUCAGAAUACAGACAACAGGUGUGCAGGCUUGGUGGCAUUUAACUUGUUUUGUGUUACAACCUGAACAAGUGCAGCUGUUCACAUAAAGCUUCUCUGAAGAUGGCAACGUUUAUUUUAAUGGAAAUCUUGAUUAAAAAGAUAAGCACGUACUUCCCUCUGCCCCAUGUCUGUAUUAAAUCAGAAGCAUUUCUUUCAUUAAGCAGCAUGUUUUUGCAGCUGCUUGCUGUCUGUCUUAUGGUGCCACAUCCAGCACACAUCAUUCUGAUGCAUCACAUUUUAGCUGAACCCCAUUCUCAGCAAGACACUUUGCUUAUGUGGAUAGUUGCUUCCAAGUUGUUGGGUCCCACACGGCAUUCAAAACUGUGCAUCUCUCAAGGCCUUCCUGUUAUUUAACAGCAUAGCACAGGAAGUACUUUUAUACACCUGCCCUAUAUGCUAAAAGUAAAAUCAUUCUCUAUUGUUUCACACAAACACAAGGAGAUGUCAGCAAUAUAGCAGUCACGCUUUAUCCAUGUUUGUAUCUAGCCUUGCCCACAAACGAAAGUGGGGGAAAAGUUCUGCACUCCCUUUCUCAAAGGCAGUGGUGUGAUAUUUGGAGUUGCACCUUUGCUUCAAGGUGCAUGAAGCCAUUUAUAUGCCUCUUAACAUGUAGUCAUGGCUGAAGGUUCAACUGUGUAUUCAAAGCCCUAUUCUGAGACGUUGGCCUAAAUGCCAUGGGUGCCCUUUCUGCCAGGGCAAAUAAGUGAAGCCCUUUCUCCCAAAAAACAAGGCUGGUCUUUCUGAAAAACUGGCACUUGUUUACUGUACUGGCAUGCAUAAUUUAAGAAAACCAUAAAUCAUUGCAAGAUAAUCUGAAAUGUGCUAGAUCUUGAAUUUCAAGAAAUGUUGCAUUACUCUGUUAAGCUACUUACAAAUUAAAAACAGGUGCUGGUCUGGUUAAGAGUCAAACAACAAGAACCCUGCUGAGAAAGUUAAGGUGUAGCAUGUAUCUAUAAAUAGAUAUUGAUAGCUUCUAUUCUGAGGUCUUUAGGAACCUCAAAGUGUUUUCCAUGAGGCUCCCAGAAAGCCUUCUCUGCAGGGUAGGGCAGGGGCAUCAGAUGGGUGAGUUGGUGGGUAAGAAAGAUGAUGUCUCACUCUUACUCCCACUCCCACACCAUGCAAAGGAAAAUUAUAUGGAGCAAACAUAACCAGUCCCAGUUCACAAUUACUCCAUACACAUUUAUACCAUUUGGAGAUCAAGGUCAAUAAGUGGCCAAGCUCCAGCGAAGCUUUCUAGAUCCUCCUCAUGAGCAAGAGAAUGAAGUAUUCACAAAUAAAGUGCCCCAUCAUAAAGUGAUAAAGAACAAUGUAUCCCAGUGAUGCCAAAGGAAACUAUAGAGAAACAAAGACAUCUUGCAGCACCAUCAAAUUUACAAUUUCUGAUUCUUUCUCUGUAUCUUUCAUCUUGUUGAUACUUUCCCAGACUUCAUAGCACCCUGGCUUGUGUGUAUUUAGCAGCAUAUUUAGUAAAUGGGUGGCAGUAAGUUUACCAAUCUGCUAAAAUAACAAAAGCAACCCAGAUAGUCAAUGUGUCCAAGCUAUUCCUGUGUUCUGGUGGAGCUCCGGUGCCUGAAAAGUUGCCCUCUUCAUCUGUGGACCCAGUGGAGGCAACCUGCUUUGUUAUAUGGCCUGAUUCUGCAACUAAAUUACCCAGCUUGUCAUUAUUAUUAUUUUUAAAUUAAAUUUGUAUACCACCCUUCAUCCGUGGUUCUCAGGGCAGUUCACAUUAUUAUAAUAGAAGCUGGGUCAUAUGAAUAGGCUGAAAGCUAUGUCUAGACCAGGGGUGGCUAACUUGGGAGCUUCCAGAUCUUGUUAACUCCCAUCAUUUAUCAUACUGGCUGGGGCUGAUGUGAGUCAGAUGCCUCUUAGAGGCGGAACUGUAUGUGUUCAGUGAAGAUGCAUUUCUAGCUAGAUUCUGCUACACAGAUGUGAAUGGGGAGGAAAGCCAAUAUCUGUGAUUCUCGUGGGGCAGUUAAUUAGCUGGGUUUAUUAGCCAAUCCUGGAUUGUUUGGACCAGCUGCAGAAUAUGCAUCAAACAUAAGUACUACUUGAUGAAAUUCAACCUUGGUGGGUCACAAGCUGUGCAGACAUGUUCGUGCAACAGAGCUUGAAAUGGAAAGUGGUGACUGUUAAAUAUCAUGUGAAUAUUGCUCACGAUCACUUUCUUUUCCAUUUUGCUGAUGGUUCUAGACAUCCUGAAAUAAGCCCCAUUCCUAUAAUGCUUUACUAGUUCACAGCUGCAAAGGCACCAUCACAGUGGGAUCUUUCCAUUUUCCUGCUUUGUCUUGUACACUUGGCUCGUGUCUUUCCACAGCUGUUUAAGAAACGCAUUUAGAAAUGAUUUUCAUGUCUGUCUUGCCUCUGUGUAGUUUCUGAAAUCAAAGGUAUGUCAAUCGACCAUGGCAUGCUUUUAUCUUUGUGCUUGAUUUCACUUGCGUGAGUGAAAGGAUGCCAUUUUCAGGCUAGAUCCUGCUGCCUUGUACAUGCUGAUUAAUGAGAGCUUAUGGCAGGUUUUUUGAUCCAUUGCUCUAGAACCAGAGUUGUCAAAUUAAAGCCUCUCUAAGGAGGUUCAGGGAUAGGACAACAGUGACUCAAGGGAGCUUGAGGAUUGCAGGGAUGGCCCCAGACCAAGGACACGGUGCUAUUAAGGAUAACAGAGUGGUAGGAAGUCAUGGUUCAGCCCUCCCCAGUCCUGGAACCUAGACUCUCUCUCUCCCUAGAGAAGGAGGAGAAAGAGUGGGAUCCCUCAGCAGAUCUCCUCACCACUAAUGACCCUGAGGACCUUAACAAUCUGGCCCCAGGACUGCUUGGGUUCUUGGCUGGCCCUUGGAUCUUCCCUUAGCACCCACCCCCAGGUUUACAAGGGCAGAAAAGAAAGAAAGUCCAGCUAGCUCAGGAUUUCCCAAAUUUGGGCCUCCAGUUGUUUUGGAACUACAAUUCCCAUUAUCCCUGACCACUGGUCCUGCUAGCUAGGCAUGAUGGGAGUUGUAGUCCAAAAACAGUUGGAGACCCAAGUUUGAGGAACACUGAGCUAGCUGCAUGUGAGCUACUUGGGAGGAGAGUGAAGCACAUGUAACACCUCAAAUCAGGACCUGGGCUAAGUGCUAGGAAAGGAUGGAGCCUCCAGCAAAUAUGGCCUGCUCCACUGCUGAUCAGCAGCAGCUGGCAGAGCAGGGCAGGUGUGGCUGUGUUGCUGACCUGACGGUCCAACUGGGAGAGUGGGUGGGCCAAGGCAGCAGAGAGUUCGGCACAGUGUGGGCCUGGUAGCAGGAGCAUCAGAUUCGCUCUGCCACCAGGCCUGUACCUGCCAAGCUCCCUGCUGCCUUGCCACCCACCCACCCUCCUUCCCUGUAAGCGUCCACGAUGCACAGUGUUGAGAAGUCAGGAGAGCAACACAGCCACACCUGCACCACCUGAAUACUGCUGCUGAAGUGGCAGUUCCAAGCUCUAGAGCAAAAGACAGUGGAAUGCAGGUUAGCAGUAGGCUACUUUAGGGGGUUAAUGAUAUGCUGGUUGGCACACUCAGCUCUGCCAUUCAAGGGAGGGGAAUAGCCAAAGGUAAGGCUGGCUCUGAUUUAAAGGCAGCAUUGGAAUAGUCACAGCAAAUAAAAUUCCUUCAGCUAUUGUGCUUUGACGGGAGUUAACAAUUAGAUUAUUCAUUGUGCAAUAAAAGAACAGGUUUUGUUGCAUUUCCACAUUGUUAAUUCUCAGAAACUGUACCUUGAAACCUCACAAUUUUCCUUUCCCUUUGAGGACAAUUUUACACUGUUUCUGGCAAGGGGAAUCUUGCCUUUACUUCUAGAAAUCUCAUCUUUCUCACAACAAUGCAAAUACUUAUCAGAUUUCUAAAGAUUUCCAUCCCCACAUUUUCAGGAACUAGCUACACUCAACUCAAAGCAUGCUCUGCUUUUGAAUUCUCCAGCAUGCAGUUUCUUAUGUGGUUUCAGUUUCUAAUGAUUCAACAAAGAAUAAUAAGCGGGAAGCUAUACUUUUGUAACUUUUGUCUUUAAAAACAAAAAAAUAAUUAUGCCCGUUACCACACAGGGCAUGCAGAGACAAAGCCUUUGACAAAUCCAAAUUGCUGCAAAUGAUUAACAGUAGGUUCCUUCUAACCCUGUCAUUCUAUGCCAUCAUCAGGGAAUGUGCUGGUGAAGCAGACCCCUGCAUCUAGCAGGCUUGAACCUUUAACACAUCAGCUGGUGAGUGGGGAGUUCUAUCCUGCUCAAUUGGCUGUAUCUACCUGUCCCCCUACUGUGAGCAAACAUACAAAGCCAAAAUACAGUUCUGGGCUAUUUAAAAGCCCUUUUGCAAACAGCCCCAUGUUUUGGACAUUCAAAGUGCAGCAUGGGGCUGUUUGCAAAAGAGCUUUCAAACAACCUCCAUGUUGCACUUUGAAGUCCCAACAGUUGGGGCUUCAAAGCACAGCAUCACCUGCUGUUUCUAGGACACUCACCUUUCCAAUUUAGCUCUCCAGAGCUAGGGAGAUAAGGAUCUGGCCAGCUGGCCAGGAAGAGUUCCUCACCCUUGCCCUAUAGUUUAAGGGAGCAUUCCAGUGUCAUCAAAGUGUGGGCCAUAAAUAGUCAACAAUGACAAUACAGUGAGCUUCAGCAACCCAUAUUCCAUGUGUAAGCAGAUAGGCCAAAGCUCACACUUUGUAACGAGAAUGACACGUACACACUGUGCUUGUUUAGCCAUUGCAGUUUACAAUCAGUCCAUUAAAUACACAGGCAGCUAUGAUUAAUAGUGCAUCUUUCCUGUCAUGAUGGAUAAUUGCUGUUUUCUUGUUUGUACUUGUAGUGGAUGCAAGAGUGAGUGUUGUCCAGGAUAAUGUGGCCGUUUCUUCCCAGAAGACAAUGGAGCUCAGCUCCAGCUCCGAGGCCAGUGGAAAUAAUCUUGGGAAGGAGGCCAAGGCGGCCCCACCAGCUGCCAAAUCUCGUUUUGUCUUUGCAUUUUCACGGCCUGUACCAGGACGUACCGAAGAGAAAGCAGCAAAUGCAUCGGCUGGAUCGGCUCAGCUUGAUGUCAGCUCAGAAGCACCCCAAGCGAACAAAGCCUUGAGUGAGAAUGUGGACCUUCCUGCUGCAGCUGCGACAGAGGAAGCUUCAGAUAAAAACCUAAGGGAAGAAUCUCUCAGUGAAAUUGAACUCACAGCACCAGGGAAGGCAGAGGAGGAGGAUGCCGCUUUGUCCAAGCCCAAAGAGUUAAGCUUUUCGACAGACUCUUCAAAGUGGAAAGGGGGAAAGACAAGAUCAAAGCACAAGACCAAAGCCAAGGGGAGGUGA